UGACGUCAAGACCCCCCCACACACACACACGCGCUGCGCGUUGACGUCACCGCGUCAAUCCGGCAUGGAGUCACGGGUAGGAGCGGUCUGAGUGAGAGUCCCAGGUCUCGCCACACCGCCCCAUGGGCUGUCCGCGAGCGACGGGGGGUGCUGGCCGGCUGCCCCCGCGAGCCCUGCAGCUGAUCCUCUCGUUCGUGGAGCUGGCCGACCUGGGCCGCUGUGCCCGCGUGUGCCGCCACUGGCAGCGCUGCCUGGAGGACGAGGGCAGCGAGGUGUGGAGGGCGGCCUGCGCACGCCUGCUGCCCCACGACGCCCUGCAGGGGGACCUCCUGCGGGCCGUGCCCACCUACAAAGCCAAGGUGCGCUCGCUGUGCCACGCGUGGAACCCCGACGACUGCUCCCGCAACGUCUUCAUCAAGCGCAGCGGCUUCACGCUCCACCGCAACCCGGUGGCUCAGAGCACGGACGGGGCCCGUGCCCGCCUCGGCUUCACGGAGGGCCGCCACGCCUGGGAGGUGUGGUGGGAGGGCCCCCUGGGCACGGUGGCCGUGGUCGGCGUGGCCACGCGCCGGGCGCCCAUGCAGUGCCAGGGCUACGUGGCCCUGCUGGGCUCUGACGUCGAGAGCUGGGGCUGGAACCUGGUGGACAACAGCCUGCUGCACGGCGGGGAGGUCACGGGGAGCUUCCCACAGUGCAACAACGCGCCCAAAUACCAGAUUGGCGAGCGUAUGCGCGUGCUGCUGGACAUGGAGGACCGCACGUUGGCGUUUGAGCGCGGCCACGAGUUCCUGGGCGUCGCCUUCCGCGCCCUACCCAAGGCGCGCCUCUUCCCGGCCGUGUCCGCCGUUUACGGCAACACCGAAGUCUCCAUGGUGUACCUGGGGCGACCUCUCGACGGGUGACGUCGGGAGGUCGUCGUCGCCGCGGCGACCGCCCGACGGGUGACGUCGCCGCGGCGACCGCCCAACGGGUGACGUCGUCGUCGCCACGGCGACCGCCCGACGGGUGACGUAGUCGUCGCCAUGGCGACUGCCCGACGGGUGACGUCGUCGUCGCCGCGGCGACCGCCCGACGGGUGACGUCGUCGUCGCCAUGGCGACUGCCCGACGGGUGACGUCGUCGUCGCCAUGGCGACCGCCCGACGGGUGCCGUCGUCGUCGCCACGGCGACCGCCCGACGGGUGACGUCGUCGUCGCCGCGGCGACCGCCCGACGGGUGACGUCGCCGUCGCCACGGCGACCGCUCAACGGGUGACGUCGCCGCCGCGGCAACCGCCCGGCGUCGCCGCGGCGACGGCGCCUGGGGCGCCUGCUCGAUGACGUUGCCGCGGCAACGGCGGGGGUCGCCGCGCCGACGCCUCCGGUUGCCACGGCGAUGCCGGCGUUUCAGUGGAGAGUGCUGGGGUUUCUACGGCGACGCUGAUGGGUUGCGGUGGCGAUGGAGCUCUGACGUCAUCUCGACAUCACGGACAGCACUGUACCAUCGUCACCAUCACCGUGACGUCACUGGACCAUCACCAACGUCACGGAAGCCUCCACCAUCACUGUACCAGCACCAGCAUCUGAAUAUUUAUUUAUACUGGAGGAAUGCUAUGAGCUAUGAAGUUAUUGUCCACAGAUGUCCUGUAUUUCCCAGAUGACCAGUACCAUCACUGUACCAUCACCAACACCGCUAGCAUCACUAUACCAAGACCAACAUCACCGAUAACUACCAUCACUCUACCAUCACCGUACCAUCACUGCCACCACCAUCACCAACAUCACCGACACAACUAGCAUCACUCUACCAUCACUUUACCAUCACUGACACCACCAUCACCAACAUGACCAACAUCACCGACACAACUACCAUCACUCUACCAUCACCGUACCAUCACUGACACCACCAUCAC